CUUUCGACAACGGGUCCGUUUACAGUAUACACUUUAUAAAACAACACAAACACGCAAUGGCCGACACCAACGAGAUCGACUUGGACUCUGUCAUCGACAGGUUGUUGGAGGUGAGAGGAAGCAGGCCUGGCAAGCAGGUGCAAUUGGCAGAGUACGAGAUCCGAUACCUGUGUACAAAGGCACGGGAGAUUUUCAUCACCCAGCCGAUACUCCUUGAACUGGAAGCACCCAUCAAGAUUUGCGGUGAUAUCCACGGUCAAUAUUACGACCUUCUUCGACUCUUCGAGUACGGUGGAUUCCCUCCCGAGGCCAACUACCUUUUCCUUGGUGACUACGUCGACCGUGGAAAGCAGUCCUUGGAAACCAUCUGCUUGUUGCUCGCCUACAAGAUCAAAUACCCCGAAAACUUCUUCAUCUUGCGUGGUAACCACGAGUGCGCAAGCAUUAACCGUAUCUACGGUUUCUACGAUGAGUGCAAGAGGAGAUAUAACAUCAAGCUAUGGAAGACCUUCACCGACUGUUUCAACUGCCUCCCCAUCGCCGCAAUCAUCGACGAAAAGAUCUUCACCAUGCACGGUGGACUUUCCCCUGACCUCAACUCCAUGGAGCAGAUCCGCCGAGUAAUGCGACCAACCGACGUUCCCGAUACUGGUCUCCUCUGUGACCUUCUCUGGUCAGACCCGGAUAAGGACAUCACUGGAUGGUCUGAAAACGACCGUGGUGUCUCCUUCACGUUCGGUCCUGAUGUCGUGUCGAGGUUCUUGCAGAAGCACGAUAUGGACUUGAUUUGUCGUGCUCACCAGGUCGUUGAGGAUGGUUAUGAGUUCUUCUCGAAGAGGCAGUUGGUCACGCUAUUCAGUGCGCCGAACUACUGUGGAGAGUUUGACAAUGCGGGUGCGAUGAUGAGUGUUGACGAGAGUUUGCUUUGCAGUUUCCAGAUUCUGAAACCAGCAGAGAAGAAACAAAAGUAUACCUAUGGUGGUAUGGGUGGAGGCAGGUUCGGCCGUUAAAGACCAAUGACGCCACCUCGAAAGCAAAAGAAGGGUGGAAAGUAAAGCACCCACCACCUUUCCAUAUUUGCAUCGAGACCGUGUCGUCUUUCCUUGUUCACGUUUAGUCGCUUUGGGCAUUGUAAGAUCUGGGUGUUUGUUGGGUUGAUGGGUUGUGGUGGCUUGUUGCUUGUUGCUUGUUGUGGGAGUAACGAGGACCAUUGUC